AUGUCAUUCGACGCCCCCGGUUCCCCUUUCGGUCCCUCCGACCCCCAAGCCCACCUUCUCAGCGCCUCAUGUCUCGAUCUACUCCUGAUAGAACUGGUACCUAUGGCAGAGAGGCUGGCGAAAGACCUCUCCACGAACGACGGCAAGCAACCGGAUGACGAGGAAGUUAGGGAAACGACAUUCUUUCGUCUUGAGUCGCUCGGGUAUAGAGUUGGACAGGGUCUUGCAGAACGAUUCUCCCGCGACCGUCCUCGUUUUGCCGAUAACCUCGACGUAAUCAAAUUCCUGUGCAAAGAUCUCUGGACAAUUCUCUUCCGGAAGCAAAUCGACAAUCUCAAGACAAACCAUCGGGGUGUCUAUGUUUUGACCGAUCAAGCUUUUCGCCCAUUCUCGAGAAUGAGUAUGGCUGUUCGGACCGAGGCAGUAGCUAUGGCACAAGCGUACUUGUAUUUCCCAUGCGGCGUCAUUCGAGGAGCUCUCGCAAACAUGGGAAUCAGCACUUCAGUACAAGCAGAGACUUCGGAACUGCCGGCGGCAACAUUCCAAAUAAAGACUAUCCAAUCCAAGCCGUGA